AUAAGAGGAAUAAAACACUUCCUGGCGUGCUGUUAUAGGAAAACAAUCAGCUCUGGAAUGCUAAGGGUAGCUCUGCUUCAUCGCCAGCAACACCUCGUCGUUGAUUAUUUUCCUGCAACAGCACGUCUCUGAGUGUUGCCUUGUGCAGAAGUGGUGAUUUCGUUGAGAUCUGGCAACCCUGCUGUUAGCUACAGUUAGCUACACUGCGCAUAUGAACGCGGAAUCUCCCAAACAUCAAAAAACACACCUUUUUAUUUAAUAACGGAGAAGGAGACGCUGAUCCGAUCCUGUUACUGAUCAUGGAUUAUGGGAGGCGGAGCGGACGCUGUGAUCGUAUGGGAUAUACGGAAAACAAGGAUCAUGAUUAUAGGGACGUGGACUACCGCGGAUACUCGCACGACAGUGGAUAUAACGAAAGCGAAGGCUUAAGUAAAGACAGACAGCACGGACGCGGUGAUUUCGGUGAUGAAAAUCGGUUCAGAGCAAGAGGAAACCGAGAAGGCGGAGACGGACACCGACGAGGCAGCGGCUUUUCAAAUUCCCACGCACACUUCGAGCAGGAGGAAAGAGACUUUCGGUUCAAGGACGAGCACGAUGUCCACGACGUGCGAGACUACGAGCGCUACAGACGCAGAUCAGAAGAGUGGAGGAGAGACGGAGGACAAGCAGAGGAGGAAAAAUAUUCCAGAAGUGUCGGAUCAAGAAGGCAGCAGUCUGGAUGGAGGGAUGAGGACGGAGAGAUGAGAUACAGGACGGAGUCGAGUGUAGAGGACGCCGAGCUGCGUGAUCAGGAUUACAGAGCUGAAGACCAGAAACCAAGCAACAUCAUCAUGCUGAGGAUGCUACCACCCGACGCCACCGCCAACGAGAUCCGAGCCCUGCUCCAGGUUCAGGGGAUUCAGCCUCGAGAUGUUCGACUGAUGAGGAACAAAUCCUCAGGUCAGAGCCGAGGAUUCGCCUUCGUCGAGUUUAAUCACUUGCAGGAGGCCAGCCGCUGGAUGGAGACCAACCAGAGAGUGCUCACUGUUCUGGGACACAGAGUGUCUAUGCACUACAGUGACCCAAAGCCACGCGCUAACGAGGACUGGCUCUGUAACAAGUGUGGAGUGCAGAACUUCAAGCGAAGGGAGAAAUGUUUCAAAUGUGGAGUUCCAAAAUCAGAUGCUGAGCACAAACUGCCCAUGCUGCAAAAAGAUUUACCCCCGAGGCAGUCAAAGGACUCAUCACAGGGCUUACUGCCUCUUCCUACCAUCUAUCAGACAGCCACCCCUCUGCUUAACAUCUCCACUUCAUCUCAGACCGCAGAGGCAGCAAACGACACCCUAAUCCUCAGGAAUCUUGGUCCUCACACCACAUUGGAGGCGAUUUUGUCAUCUCUGGCGCCGUUCGCUACUCUCUCUUCCUCCAACGUCCGGCUCAUUAAAGACAAACAGACGCAGCUGAAUCGUGGAUUCGCCUUCGUACAGCUCACCACCAUCGUGGAGGCGUCUCAGCUGCUGCAGAUCCUUCAGGCUCUUCAGCCUCCGCUGUCCAUCGAUGGGAAAACUGUGACUGUGGAGUUCGCCAAGGGCUCAAAACGAGAGGUGUGUGUGACUGACAGCAGUCGUGUGAGUGCAGCUACAGUAGCGAGUACAGCCAUUGCUGCGGCACAGUGGGCUGUUUCCCAGCUUUCUGCAGGAGGAGAUGUGAGUGUGUACCAGCAGGGGGCAGCAACAUCUGCGUUCACGCAGCAGAGACCGGAAGGCGUUGCCGCAGAGGCAGUCAGCUAUCAAGGGGCCGGGGCUGUUAUCGGGACAGGCCCCGUGACAAAUUCUGCCCCAGGGUUAAUAGGUGCCUACGAAGGGGGGAACGUGACUACAGCUGCGCUUGUUCCCGCAGUAACCGAAGGUGCAACUGUCAGUACUGCGCUCACACAGACACACUCACAAGUCGUCAGUACACAGCCAAACCAGGUCGAGAUUGUUGGAAGGCCUCAGCCUGCCACCCCAGGAACAGCAUAUGAGCGUCAGCAGUACCCUGAUCCAGAUGUGUCCACAUAUCAGUAUGAUGAAAGCUCAGCUUAUUACUAUGAUCCUCUAACUGGACUUUACUACGAUCCCAACUCCCAGUAUUACUACAACGCUCACACUCAGCAGUACAUGUACUGGGAUGGAGAUAAACACACCUACAUUCCUGCUCCUAACGAUGGCACUGAUCCCACUGCCAUGGCAACAACCUCUGACCUCUCCACUUCAACCAAGGACAAGAAGGACAAACCCAAAACCAAGACAGCACAGCAGAUUGCUAAAGACAUGGAACGCUGGGCUAAAAGCAUGAACAGGCAGAAGGAGAGCAUUCGCUCAGCCUCCUCCGCUCUCACGCAGGCUCGACUCGCAGACGAGCGCCGAGAAUCAGCUAGCGCAGACGCCGGAUACGCCAUUCUGGAGAAGAAGGGUGCUCUGUCAGAGCGACUGCAGAUUCUGACGGAGCACAUACAACAUCCUGAAGAAAGAGAGAGUCCUCCUCCUCAGAGUUCAGCGGCAGUGUACAGAGGAGAGACAGAUGGAGAGGAUGGAAGAGGAGAGAGGGAUGAGAGGAUGACAGACUGGGCUAAACUGGCGUGUUUACUCUGCAGGAGACAGUUUCCCAGUAAAGAGGCUUUAAUCAGACAUCAGCAGCUCUCAGAGCUCCAUAAGCAAAAUCUUGAGCAGAGAAGAGCUCGCCAGGCACUGCAGGAGAGUAUGGAGAGCCAGAUGAAAUACAGGAGUGACACACCAGAUGCCAAAAAGAGGAAAUACAGUCCCAUGUGACAGCACACACACACACACACACACACACACACACACACACACACACACUCACACUCACACUCACAGUGCACUAACAGAGUCAAUAUCAUGUCACACAGAGCCAUAAUUAACACUGAGUGUUAGGAGCGUCUUCGGAUCGAUUUCUUUUUUUUUUUUUUUUUUUUUUUCUUUUUUCUUCUUUCUUCUUUCUUAUCAAAAUAUUUCGCACACAGUCAAACACUGCAUCUCUCUUAGUGCUAAGUAAUGCAUUCUUCAGUAAUAAGAAUCCACUGAGGAAAAUGGUGUGUGUGUGUUUGAUAACUGAAAAAAACUUUCACCACAGUGUGGUGUUUUAAAAAUCUCAGCCUUUAUUUUCAGAAAAAAAGUGUAAUGUCAACAACAAUCAGAAAUAGUUUAUGAUGUGAAGACUAUUUUAGAAUUGUGAUUUUUUUUUUAAUAAUUAUUUUUACUUUGUCACUGUUUUAAAUCAUAGUCCUCUCAUGGACAGUGUGUGUGGAGAAGGUUGAUUAAUUCCCGUUAUUAUGAGUGUCUGUUUUUAAAAGUGAAAACAUUAGAUGCCAUAUAAGGGUUUGAUUAUUAUUAUUAUUAUUAUUUUGUUUGGGGGAUGGCAAAAUUAUUCAGGAUUACAAAAAAAUGCCUUUUUUUUAAAAAAAAAAAAAAAGAAAUUGUAGCAAUAUUUGAACGCAUUGAGAUGUCAAUAUCUGCGAAUGGAAUAGAAUAACACUAUUUCAGAUUGUUACAUAGUGUGAACCUAUUCAUUAAAAUUUCCUACGCUUUUGUGUGUAAAAUUUCGACAGUGUCUAUGCAGCAAGGUGUGUGUUUAGUCAUUUUGGUGAAAAAAUGAACAGUAGAGACGUUUACUCUCCGUGCUGUAUAUGAACUUCUUUGUGCCAGAUUGCGUUUAUUACAGAUUAGUCAUGCACCGAUAUUCCACUUUCGAAUCCCGAUAAAUCUUUUAGCGUGAUAAAUCGUUUUCACUGGCUAGCCUACAAGACAAGUGAAUUGUCCAUGUUUUGUUUCUUUUACUAAAAAAACUGUCAUCUUGCAAACUAGCAAGAAAAACAUAUUAACGUUAUCUCAGCUGGCCAAACAAUAAAUAGUAGUUAAAUCAACAUGAUUUAAAUCAAGGGUACGAUGAGCUAGUUAGCUAGCUAAGUGUAUUAACAUAUUCAAAUAGUAGAAAUAGUCCAGUUUCAACUGGAGUGUGUUAAAUCUGAAAAUACAUAUCAGAUGAAAAAGCCAGUGGGAAACAAAGGUGUGUCUGGUUUCUUGUGGAUGCACAGGAGGGGAAAAAAGCGAUGCAUACACAUUUUCUCUCCAGGACAUACUUGUAUUUUGUAAGUCUAUAUGCAUUUUAAUGAACUGUUUUACGAGCAAAGAUUUUAAAAGAAAAGAGGCAAUGAUAUUAGAGUUAUGUCAUUCCGGUCUUGUUAAUUGUUUAUAAAUGUAAAGCAUUAUAUAAAUGAAAAAUAAAGCAUUGGACUGCAUUGAACACCGCGCCACAAGUGA